AUGUCAGAAGUCGAAAAGUUUGAAGGCAGUGAAGAAGCCAUUCAAAGGCUGGCUCGUACCUUGACCAACCAAUCUUCAUUGUCUUUUACUUCUCAUCAAAGCUCAGAGAAAAGUGGUGCUUCGGAUGUUAUGCUAUCCCGAGCUUCCACUAGAGUCUCCCAACUCACCGUUCCUGGAGAGUCUCCCUUUGACUUAGGUGAUCCUAGACUAGAUCCACAGUCCGACCAGUUUUCUGCCAAGUAUUGGAUAAAGAAUCUGCAAAAGUUGCACCUAGGUGAUACUGACUAUUAUAAACCGGCCUCUCUUGGAAUUUUGUAUCGGAACCUUCGCUGUGAAGGUGAAAAUGUUGAAGCUGAUUAUCAGACGACUGUGUUCAACGUUAUUCCCAAGUAUUUGACAAAGUGGACUAGAAAAGUAGCAAGCAGCACCAAAAAGAUUGAUAUUCUAAGUGGAAUUGAUGGUAUGAUAUGUCACGGUGAUCUGGUGGUUGUCCUGGGUAGGCCAGGUGCUGGAUGCACAACCCUAUUAAAGACAAUUGCGUCACAAACAUACGGUUUCAAAGUAAGUGAUGACUCUCUCAUAACUUAUGACGGUCUUACUCCCCAUGAUAUCAGGGGUACAAAUAGAGGAGAUGUCAUUUAUAAUGCGGAGACAGAGAUGCAUUUUCCUCAUUUGACAGUCUGGCAGACCUUACUGCUGGCUUCAAGGUUGAAGGUACCACAGAAUCGUAUUCCUGGAAUUUCUAGAGAGCUUUAUGCUGAGCACAUCACUCAAGUUUACAUGGAGAUGUUUGGGGUUUCCCACACCAAGAAUACCAAAGUUGGAGAUUCAUUUGUCAGAGGUGUUUCGGGUGGUGAGAGGAAAAGAGUUUCGAUAGUUGAAGCUUGUCUAUGCAAUGCGAAAUUGCAAUGCUGGGACAAUGCCACUAGAGGUCUGGAUUCUGCUACUGCCUUGAAUUUUGUUAAGUCUUUGAGAUUAUCUUGUGAUACCCUUCAAACUACUUCUUUGGUUUCAAUUUAUCAGUCUUCUCAAGAGGCUUAUGAUCUGUUUGACAAGGUGAUUCUGCUGUACGAGGGAAGACAGAUUUUCUUUGGUCCCACAAAUCGGGCUAAAAAGUUCUUCCAAGAUAUGGGAUUCCAUUGUCCUAAACGUCAGACAACUGCAGACUUUUUAACUUCUUUAACCAGCCCCAGCGAGAGAAUUCCUAGGCAAGGUUGGGAAGGCAAAGUUCCUCAAACACCAGACGAAUUUGAACAGCGAUGGAAAUCAAGUCCUGAAUAUGAGGCUUUGAUGAUGGAAAUUGAUAACUCUUUGGGAGACAUUGAAAGAAACAAACAGCAGUACCUAGAAGACCUGCAUAGUUCGCAUGUUGCCCAACAAUCAAAUCAUGUGAGACCUUCCUCUGCCUACACCGUUUCAUAUUCGAUGCAGGUCAAAUACGCAACCAUUCGGUCAUUUCAACGAAUUCUCGGUAAUAUAUCCCAGCAGCUAACAAAUCUGGGAGGACAUGUCAUCAUUGCCUUCGUUAUUUCAUCAAUGUUCUACAAUUUGGCCGCUACAACCGAUAACUUCUACUUCCGGGGUUCAUGUAUUUUUUUUGGUACACUAUUCAAUUCGUUUUCUUCCGUUUUGGAAAUUUUUGCUCUUUACGAAUCCCGUCCCAUUGUCGAAAAGCACAAACAGUACGGUUUAUACCACCCUUCAGCAGAUGCUAUUGCUUCCAUAAUUUCUGAAGUGCCGAUAAAAGUGCUCAAUUGUGUCAUUUUUAAUGUGAUCUUAUAUUUUAUGGUACAUUUAAGACGAGAGCCAGGCCCAUUCUUCUUUUUCCUUUUAAACGGGUUCACGUCGACUUUUGUGAUGUCUCAUAUUUAUAGAACUAUUGGAGCAAUGACAAAAUCACUGUCACAAGCAAUGACACCAGCAUCCGUGAUAUUGCUUGCUUUGUCGAUGUAUGCUGGUUUCAUUGUUCCUAAGGCAAAUAUGUUAGGCUGGUCUAAGUGGAUUAAUUAUAUCAAUCCUGUUGGUUACGCUUUUGAGGCGAUAAUGAUUAACGAAUUCCAUGGCAGAAACUUUACCUGUGAUUCCUUCAUUCCAAGUGGAGGCGCUUAUGACUUGUUACCCAUAGAAAGUCGUUCUUGCUCAACAGUUGGCUCAGUUACAGGGGAGGCAACUGUUAGUGGAACUAGAUACUUGAGGGAGGCAUUUGAUUUUCUUCACUCACAUAAGUGGAGAAACUAUGGAAUUCAGGUUGGUUAUGUUGUGUUUUUUUUCUUCACGUAUAUUUUACUGGUGGAAAUCAAUCCUUCUGCAAAGCAGAAAGGUGAAAGAACAAUUUUUCAAAGAUCUUUCAUGAAACGUCCAAGGUUUGUUCACGAAAAUGCAAAGGAUAUUGAAAAUAAUGCCAGUUCAGAGAAGGUUUCUACUUUAGGCGAGGAAAAGGAUGCGAAUGAAGUUGCAAUACAAACUGGAGAGAGAAUUUUUCAUUGGCAAAACGUAACUUAUACCAUUCCGUACGAAGGAAAACGGAGAACUCUUUUGAGUAAUGUUGAUGGAUGGGUUAAGCCUGGAUCUUUAACCGCACUUAUGGGCGUUUCCGGUGCAGGUAAGACAACACUGCUGGAUGUAUUGGCUGACCGAAUAAGUUAUGGUGUUAUCACUGGUGAUUUCUUCGUGAACGGACAGGUGAGGGAUGCAUCAUUUCAAAGGUCCACUGGAUAUGUUCAACAACAGGACUUACAUUUGGAUACUUCAACUGUUAGAGAAGCUCUAUUGUUCUCUGCAUGUCUCCGACAAUCUGAGUCAAUUCCUUAUAAGGAAAAAGCAGAUUAUGUUGAAGAGAUCAUAGAUCUUUUAGAAAUGAGAUUAUACGCUGACGCUGUAGUUGGUGUUCCGGGUGAAGGACUUAACGUCGAACAAAGGAAGAGACUAACAAUUGGAGUUGAACUAGUUGCAAAGCCCGAUCUUUUACUAUUCCUGGACGAGCCCACCUCUGGUUUGGAUUCUCAAACAGCUUGGUCAAUUUGUCAAUUGAUGAAAAAACUGUCAAAUAAGGGACAAGCCAUUCUGUGUACUAUUCACCAGCCAUCGUCGUUACUGUUUCAAGAAUUUGAUCGUCUGCUUUUACUUCAAACUGGUGGUGAAACCGUUUACUUUGGGGACGUGGGGCCAAGAUCUCAGACACUAAUCCAGUAUUUUGAGAAACAUGGCGCAUCCAAAUGCCCAAAGGAAGCAAACCCUGCAGAGUGGAUGUUGAAAGUAAUUAGCGAUCCUUCAAAGAAUUAUCAUGAUAUUUGGGUCAAUUCUGAAGAAUAUAGUUCGGUGAACGCUGAACUCGAUAACAUGAGAGAAUCCCUAGCAAAGCUUCCAUAUGAUAAAGACUCAAAAGAGUCCCAAAAAUCAUAUGCCACGAGUCCAGUCAAACAAUUCUACUAUGUGAUCCACAGGAUUCUCCAGCAGUACUAUAGAACACCCUCAUACAUCUGGAGUAAAUUGAUUCUAUCUUCGGUUUCAUGCCUGUUCAAUGGAUUCACUUUUUUCGACCCCAAAAAUUCGAUACAGGGACUUCAAAAUCAAAUGUUCUCCGUUUUCAUGAUGUGUGUCAUGCUACCGGUCUUACUUGAGCAAUACAUCCCCCAUUUUGUCAAGCAAAGAAACUUGUAUGAAGCCAGAGAACGCCCUUCAAAAACUUUUUCAUGGCCGAUUUUCAUUUUAUCUCAGGUAGUUGCCGAGAUCCCUUGGAUGCUUGUUGCAGGAACGAUUUCGUUCUUUUGCUGGUACUACCCCGCUGGCCUCUAUAAAAAUGCCGGCCAUCUAGACCAAACGACGGAAAGGGGAGCGUUAGUUUGGCUGCUUGUCGUUGCCUAUUUUGUCUACACUGCUACUAUGGCCACAAUGUGUAUUGCAGGUAUCUCGGUGGAAACAACAGCAGCAAACGUUGCGGUAGUUCUAUUCUGUAUGAGUCUAAUGUUUGCUGGUGUUUUGAAACAGAAGGAUGCACUUCCUGGAUUUUGGAAGUUCAUGUACUACGUUUCCCCAUUCACAUGGUUCAUUCAAAGUAUUCUGACCGCGGGUUUAGCCAAUGCUCCUGUAGUGUGCUCAGCCACAGAAAUGUUACAGUUCCCAGCUUAUGGCAACCAGACUUGUGGAGAGUUCAUGGCUCCUUAUAUGGCGGUCGCUGGCGGGUAUCUCGCCAACUCUUCCACUCAAGAUUGCGCAUUUUGCCAAAUGAACAAUACGAACGUUUUCUUGGCUACCCUGGAUGCUCACUACUCGCAAAGAUGGAGGAAUUGGGGUAUUUUCGUUUGCUACGCGGCUAUCAACACUGCAAUUACCGUGUUUAUUUACUGGCUUGUGAGAGUGCCAAAGGAGAAUGAUAUAAUACGAAUCAUUCAUAACAGAGUCAUUCACCGAAUUCGUUCAUUGCGAACAAAACCCAAAAAAUCUUCAGAGCAGUAG